AUGGCUUCUACCGAUAUUUUUAGGAUUCCUUCCUCUCCGCUUAAGCAAUCCUUCGCCAUGUCCUCGUCGCCGCUUCCAGCUCCAAGCGAACUCUACCAAAAGAAGGUUCCAAAGAUCAUCGCUAAACGCGACUCUAUUGCUGCGUCUGCCAAUUUGUUUAGCCCGAUUGAUAAUACGCCUGGUUUCGUCAAAGUCUCUCAAUUAGAUCUGCGAAAUUUAGAUCCCAGUCGAGUAGUGAGCACUGUCAAGGAGGAUAAGCUUGCAACCAAAGUACCGACUAAAGUGGUCGCAAAGCCUCGAGCGAAGAAUCACUCCACAUCGACGAGUAAAAUAAGCGACGAAAAGCUAUCGGCUGCUCCCAAGAAAACUGCGACCAAGAAAUCACAAGUCCCGAAAGAACCUCUAGAAGAGCAGAAAGUAAAGAAACCUCGGGCGAAAAAGGCAGACUUAAAUGGAGAAUCAAAACCACGGAAGAAGGCAAACGAUGCAGUGGUUGACCUCGAGAACGGAGACGGCUCAAUCGUCAAGGAAAAGAAACCCAGAAAGUCGAGGGCCAAAAAGACACCGGAAGAUCUGCAGACGAAGUUAUCAGGCUCAGUAACAAAAGCAUCAACUAAACCCGAAAAAUCUGGCAGCAAACAAACAGUCAUUCAGGAGUCUUUAAAUAUUGAGGCAGAAUGUGUUGAUUAUGGUUUAGUAAAGGCUGUCAAAAGAAAAGCCAAUUGGUCCCCUCCGCAUAAGUCUUCAAUCACUGGGUUGCAAAAUGCUGGCUCCAUUGCAGGUGAUCUUACGGCGAGGUCUCCUGGGUCAGAUUCUUCCACGUCGAAUAGCUUCAGCAACUUGCUUGGGAGUUUCGGGUUCACAAACAUUGAGACGACCAAUUCCAUGACAACAAAGCAGUCAAAAGAGACCGGUGUCGUCCGGAAGCGCAAACUUCUAGAGUUGGUAAGUAUGAAUGCUACUGCUACGAAUGCGCCCGCUGAAGCAGCAACCCCGAAAACUAAAGCGCCCAAGAAAAAGGCUAGGACCAUUACAGAUCUGGCCACAUCUGCAUUCAACGAAGAGAAAGUCGUUGAGGUCGAGUCGCAACCCGCUCCUCUGCUUCAAUACUUCUCAUACCAGACAACAGAGCGAAGCACAAAAGGCGGAAUCAAUGGUCCUGCGAAACUCCGCUCGAAGAGUCCAUUGAAAAGAGUCAAGAAAGGCAGUAGCGCUCAAGCACCGAUCUUGUUAUCCCCAGAGUCCGCUAUGAAACAAGCCCAACACCAAGACUUUAUAUUUGGCACUUCGAGCCAACUUGCUAGAGAAGAAUCUCCUACUUAUCUGCGAGAUUUGCAUGAAGCCAUGCAAGCAUCAAAUGUUAUGUUCGAAGACCCAUUCGAUGAUCCUUUCAAAGAUGUCGUUGAUGAGCCAUCAGCUGUCGCACCUCGUGGAAGGUUGCGAUUGUCUUCUAAGAAAGGUGGUCUUUGGUCUGCUGGUGCUCGCGAUGCAGCUGGUUCUCUGCUUGAUGUGGAGAUGGUUGAUAUAACAGAUUCUCCAACUGUUAUACGGCAGCAAACUCCACCGAGAGUACCCGCUACCACGGCUCCGAUUGAUGAUGUUUGGCAUGAUGUUGAAGCAGAUAACAGUGUCAAGGAAACAAUUCCAGAGCAUGUUCUAGGAACUUCAUCUAAGCCUGGCCCGGUCGAAGCUGCUAUUAGACUACAAUUGCAAGGUAGCCCGGCUAUCUUGUCGCCCACCAAAACAAAAUCUCCAAAGCGUUCGACACAAACAGGAGUUAAGGCUGCGCCCACAGUCAAUCCAGUUGCAAAGAAAGGCAAGGCGUCUGGGGAUCAAAUGCCGGAUUUUGGAGCUUAUACAAUGUUCCAGCUGCAGAAGCAGAUCGCAUCUUACCAUUUUAAGCCGAUCAAGAGUCGUGAUUCUAUGAUUGCUGUUCUUGAAAAAUGUUGGGAAGGUCAGCAUGCUAGGACUGCUUUAGGAAGUUUGACUACCAAUACGAAGCCUUCUGCAAAGUCUAAUAAAGAUAAGGAGGAAGUUCAUCCAGAGCCAAAAUCUCCAAAGGGAAAAGGUCGGCCAAAGAAGGAUACUACGUCGGAUAUCCCGACUUCACCGACUAAACUAAAGAAAACAGUGGGAGGACGAAAGAAAGCUGAUGCGGACCACAGUGAUGAUAGUGAUGUACCUUUAUCACAAGUUCGAAAAUUGAAUAAAUCACCCAAAAAGCCCACAGGGAGAACAAAAAAGAAAACUGCUGACGAUAUAUACGACUCGGAACCGCAGCUAACUCACUCACCACCACGGCGUCGACCCUCGCAGAUCAGAUCGCCUCCUCGGGCCUUGCAACUUUCGCCCUCAUUCUCCACGACUGAUGUCCUUCCCGCAUCCUCGCAAGAAUCACAAGAAUCACAAGAAUCCCUAUUCAAACACAUAACUCGAGCCAUAAAAUCUUUACCCCCAACCAAGGAUCCGAGUAAGCCAACAUGGUACGAGAAGAUUUUGCUUUAUGACCCUAUCGUUUUGGAGGAUCUGACGGUAUGGUUGAACACUGGAGCCUUGGGAAAUGUUGGGUGGGACGGCGAGGUCGAACCUAAAAUUGUGAAGAAAUGGUGUGAGGGGCGGGGCAUCUGCUGUUUGUGGAAGGAGAAUCUGAGAGGUGGGAGUAGGAGCCGCUACUGA